CCACAAAAAGUGCAGACCAAACUGCAGAUAACCUCGCCAUAUGCUGGGUGGAAUUUAUAUUUUCCUGAUCAGAUGUAUUCAGAUCAUUCACCUAUAGUGGAAAAAGUUCAAGUCUUUGAGAAAUAUUUUGUGAGCUGGAAUAAGUUGUUUGACUGGGUAAGCUGUCAUUGUCUGGUAAAGUCUUUAAAUGUGGGUCUUUUAAAAAAAAUUCAAUUUUUUAAAGGGGUAGGUAGGUAGUGGUAGUAAGAGGAGGGUAGCAGAAUAGGGAGAGGAUAGUUAUGAAAGGGGGGAAUACAUUAAAAGUGACAUCCUUGGUCUAUAAUUUAAACAAAUUGAUAAAAAAUGAACCUUUUUUUUUUUAGGAUGAUAUUGAACAGAAAGGAUUUUUUGUGCUGGACUAUAAAGAGCUGUAUGCAGAUCAAAGUCAGUUUUUUAAAGUCUCUUUCUCCCUUCUAAAUUUUGUAAAUAUUGGCUGCUCAUGUGCUUUGUAAGGCAGUAAUUUAAGCAGGAGCAGAAUGAAUGUAUAUUAACUUAAAUCUUGUUUAUGAAAAUUUUUUUUACUGUACAAGAAUAAAUGACUUUAAAAUGGUUCCCUGAACAAUCAACUUCAAUUUUUUACUUAUAAUUUAUAUUACCCAGAUGAAGUUAACACACAGUGUGUGUUCUACUUUGCGGGUCCCAUUAAGCAAACAUUUUCUAUUGAGUUGAAUUUAGCUGUGCAUACUCCAUAACAAUGGUUGGAAACCUUUUGGUAUUAGCAUGCCAAAGUAAGACUUAUAAUUUCAUUCCUCAUGAUUAUGCCAAUAACUUAAAAGUCUACCAUGUAUCAGUAUUGUCACAUCCAUAAUUAUUCUACACCUUUGCAAACCAAGCAGAAGUUUUUAUUUUGGUCCACAACUGAUUAGACAUUUUUAUCAGUCAUUAAGGAUGGCUAUGUGCAUAUGGAAACAGAGCUCCGUGAUUCCCCUGACAAAGUUUUAGCAUGUAUGGGGCUUGCAAUGCAUCAGGUGAGCCCUUUAAUAUUUGUUCAGAUAGGUGAUUCUGAAAAAUGUGAAAUUAUAUUUUCAAUGCUUAAACAAUUUUUUAAAAUGCUUUCUUCUACAUUGUAAUUGUAAUCUACAAAUGGAUUAUUUUUAGUUUACCUACUACAUGACACACAUUCAGUGGUUGAUUUAACAUUGGAAACAAUUUAAAGUAUUUUGUUCAAAGAAUGAGAAAUUGUAGGACAUAAUACCAAAUUAAAUCUGUUUAUAAAUAGAUUGUCUCCCACAAGCAUCAACAAGAGGCAAGUGCAGUCCUUGAAGAGCUUGGUGGACCCCAACACGACACCACAAAUUACUGCUCUCCAUACAUUUUUCCCAGGGUACUUAACUUUGGGUCACCCCUUGCUCUAAAAAACUUCAAAGCUAACUGCUAUGGUCAGUAGUAAGCAUAUUGAAACAAAAUUGUUAUUCAUGCUGUUUAAUGCUCAAGUGAAAUUUCUGAAAUAUUAAAUCUUUACUCUAAGUAUUUUUUGGUCAGGUGACUCAAAACUUCUUAAUAUAUGCCCUGACUGUAAUUUGUUUACAAGUAUGCAAGUGGCAAGACAUUAUGAUUUUGGGUUAGAGAUUAAGAUUAGAACAAUAUUGAGUCUGCUUGCAUUUUUCAAUCAAAUUAAACUUUCUUUCUGAAGAGAUCAAUUUUAUUAAUAAAGAUUCAAUAAUCUAAAGAUGAUACAAAUGUUGCAGUUUUUUUAAGCCAGAUAUAUUGAGACAAUCCCCAUUGGGUUACAAAAACAAAGAGUUAUCUUAUCAUUUUUCUAUUAUUAUAAUGUGUUCCUCCAGAUGGGGAGAAUUGAAAAAUGCAUGUGUAUAAAGAACCAGUAGCAAUUACAAAGGCAUAAAAGUUGAAGGCUUCAAAACGCAAAUAGCUUAAUAACAUAAGCCUAACCUAGGUGUUCUCAACCUUUUUAUCUUGAAAUUGAGAAACAGGUGUUAAAAAGAGGGAGGCAUCAGAAUCCUAUCACUGUAAAUAAUAUUUAAAUUUUAAAAGAAAGAUUCAAAAAAUUUAAAAAGUGCAUAUGUUACACAUAAAAAUCCUGCUUUAACUUAUAAACAUAACAAAUAAUCAAGCUGAGCUUCGCUACAUGCAUUAGUGUUGCUGGUCACUGGUAGGUAGCAGUUAACAUUUUGCUGAUACCAACAUUUGCAUAUUAUUUUCUUUAAAAACAUUUAUAUCAAUAUAUUGUGAAAUUUUAAUUGUAUAUAGAAAAUGCAAUAUAGAAAAGGGCACAACCAUUAACAAAUUAUAGAAAAUGAGAAGAUAACUCUUUUUUUUUAAAACACCAGGAACCAGUUCCAUUUUUUGCUGGGUCUGGGUAUGAGUGGGGUGUGCUAAUAGUAUUCCGGGCUGUGCCAAUCUCAGCCCUAGUUUUAAGCUGUAUUGAGAAUUAUGAAAUUCUUUUCUGGAAAGUUAAAUUUCUUUGAAGUUUGUGUUAAACAUAGACAAUUUUUAAAUCAGAAAUAUAGUCAACCAAUAAUUUAUUUUGUUUAAUAAAUAGUUUUUUUAUUUUUUUAUUAAUGUUUUUUCAUCUGAUCCAAGCCAUUAGUAUUUGGAGAGCCCUACUCAUGAAACAAACAUACUUCCCCAGCGGUGUUAGUCUCUUGUAUUCCAGACAUUUAUAGUUUACCUUGAGGCAGGUUUAUAAUUUUACCUAAUUUUGUCUUUACAUACCUGAUUGGAAUGAAUAUGACUGCUGUUGUUAAUUUAGAAUAAGUUUGUACUUAAAGCAGCAACAUUAAAUCAUUUCUAACUGUUGUGUCUGUCAAUAAAUUGCCAUCUAAUAAUCUUCAGGUAAAUUUGUGAGUGUAAAAGGCACAGUUGUGAGAGUAGGAAAUAUCAAGCCAUUGUGCACCAAGAUGGCAUUCCAGUGUGCUAGCUGCUCAGAUAUUCAGGUAUAAGUCAAAUAGAUGAAUGAUUUUUUCAUUGUCUUGGUGGAUUAUGAUAUUUUUUUAAACCUCAAAUGUCUGUUUUCAUCCAGUCACUGUAAAUGUUGGUGUAACAUAAAUGUUGCAACUCAUUUGAUUUUAUUAUUCUUUUCUUUGCUUUCAUUCUUUUAGGUAUAUGCAUGAUAAACAUAUACAUUAUGUCAAUUUAAUUUGUACUUAUAUAAAUUUUUUGUUGUACUGAUGAAGCAAUUUGCCGAAAUUUUUCAAUUUGUAUAUUGUAUAAUCAUAACUAAAGCUUGACAUGUAUUGUUUUAUUUCCACAAUUUAUUUGUGUCCCAUUAACCUUCCUAAAGCUUCAUCACAGUCCAACCCUUUUAUAAUUAGCUACUGAUUUUAAAAACUAUAGGGUAAGAAUUUUUUUUACUGUAUAUUUGUAGGCUAUUCCCCUGCCAGAUGGAAAGUACGCUAUGCCAACAAAGGUAAAUUGUUGACUGUUUAUUUUUUUCAUUCUUGUUUGUACUAAAGACUAUAAAAGUUAAUGAUUGAAAGAAAUUAACAAUUUUUAUUAAUGCGGCACACAGGUAAUACUGGUAAAAUCCUGUACAGUAACACUUGCUACUUAUUUUUAUGAAUUUAAAAAUGCAUGUUAUGGCCAUUACUCUACAUGUUCACAAUUUAAUGGACUUGAGUUUCUGUUGUUUCUGUUAAGCUCAGACCACACAUUCUUGAGAUUGGCUAAAUUCAGUUUUAUUUUUCAUAUAGUAUGAAGUAAAUGAAACCUAGUAAAAUAUAAUUUUUGUGACAAAGACUUCAUAUUCAGUAGUGUAUUUUUUGUAACCAACAGUGUGUAGCAGAUGGAUGCAGAGGGCGUACAUUUCUUCCAUGCAGGGGUGAUAGCCUUACAGAAACCAUUGAUUGGCAGACUAUCAGGUUCGAAAAUUAAAUUUUAAUGUUUUUGAAAGCUAAGCUGAAAGAAACUGACGGGAGCUCCAGCUCACUAAAGUCCAUUUAGAGUGUAUAAAUAUGAAAAAACCUUUUACAUAUUAAGGGUAAUCCAAAACAUUUCAGGGUGGGAGGGGGUAGUUUUUUGUAAGGAAUUCACAUUUCACAUUAUUUGUUACAAGAGUACAGGAGAUCAUGUCGGACAGUCAGAAAGAUUCUGGUAGGAUACCACGUACCAUUGAUUGUGAGCUCACCAGAGAUUUGGGUAAGUUUAUGGCAUUUUUUCUUAUUUGACCAGAAAUAUUUGCACUUUUGUAACCAUGUAUCAAAUAAAGUCUGACUCUUGUUAAAGAGAAUCAAAAUCUCGACCCUUUUUAAAAAAAAAAAGUUAGGAGUGCCUCAAAUUACCUUUAUGAAAAUAAAUAUGACUUUGUUUUUUUUCUGGUUUUCCGUCCAUCACAAUGUGACGAUGGUGCAGACUUCGCAAGACAAAAUCACUAGGCCUUUUAUUGAAAAUCUAGUAUUAUUUUAAUUAUUAUUUUCUCUUAUCAUCUCAGUUGACUCAUGCGUACCUGGUGAUAUAGUGACAGUGACCGGAACAGUCAAAGUGAACAGUGUCGAUGAAGGCAUGUUGAUUUCAGAAUCUUUUUUAUGUCUCAUCAUACUUAAAACUUUAUUAUCCUUAAAACUUUAGCACUCAAAAUGUUGUUGCAAUUAAGAUCCAUGCUCUGUAAUACCUGCUGAGUUUAUAGUGGGUGAAUGACCUGAAAUCCCCUUGUAAAAAGGAGAUUCAUAUACAUUUCAGGUCGUGGAAGGAACAAUGAUAAGUGCAUGUUCCUACUUUAUCUUCAUGGUAACAGUGUGAACAACACCAAAGGGAAUAAGCGAAACUCAGGAGAGUCAACUGGUUCAGGGCUGGCCAUGGAUUUUACCAUGAAAGAGCUCUAUGCCAUUCAAGAAAUUCAGAGCCAAGAAAAUCUUUUUCAACUUUUGGUUGGGUGAGUGCUCUCUUUACAUUGUUGUUCAUUUUCCCAUGUUGGAUUACAUAACAAGCAUCUUGUUUGUGCCAGGGGCAAUCUCUGUCAAUAAUUUUAUCAUUUAACAAAUACAAUAGUGUUUGGAUUGAGAUGUAAAAAUCAUCUUGGUAUUUAUUUUUAGAUGUUUUUGUAAUCUUUUGUUCUUCAUUAUAUUGACAAUUAAAACAUUUAGUCUUUUACUCCAUGUUGACUUGUAUCAUUAGUGUGGAAUAUAAUUAAGAGACAGCUUAUAAAUUAAUAUUCAAGACAGUGCAUAAUAAAUUUAUAUUUUCCACAGAUCUCUCUGUCCAAGUAUAUUUGGUCAUGAGGUAAGCUGAUUGCCUCGUACUCUGAGUGAUGCUACCAAUCCAUGAGAACAACACCUGCUGUUUAACAUUUCAAAUGAGGUCAUUUUUAUUUCAAUUUCUUUUGUACAUACGAGACUACAAUAACCGCUAUAAUGCUUAUUUUCUCUGAUCCACAGAUGGUGAAAGCCGCUUUGAUUCUUUGUUUAUUUGGAGGGAGCCAGAAGUUCACCAAUGAUAAGGUUUGAACAUUUUUGUCAUUGACCAUCAAGAAUUUAAGUAUUAAGUAGUUUUAUCACCACCCUGAAAGAAAUUAUUUUUUUUUAGGUGAUUUCCCUGCAAAGGGUGAACAAAAUAAAAUUACGGGUGCAAAGUAAGUUACAUGAUUCAUGUCAUAUUUCGUAUAACAAUAUUAAAACCUGUCCCAUUGUUAAGUUUUACUCAAUAUCUCAUUUUUUCACCAUAUUUUCUGUAAUGGAGUGGCAAUGUACCACUUAUUAGUAAUAUUGUAACACAUGCUCUAAUUGUCACCAUGAGCUGUGAGAGCUCAGGUAAAACCCAGCCUAUAACACGUAUACACAUACACUUAAAUCAAUAGUAGCACAAUGCUGUGUGCUGGGAACUAUUGAGGCUAGUGUCACUCAUGCCCUGUGAUUGACCAUUCCACCCUGUGAUUGACCAUUCCAUGAUGAACACGUGGACAGCUCUCCUUUUCUCUCUGCUAGCUAAACAGCGGAACUCUCAAAGAGUUGUGUUGUGACCUCAAUAAGACUGUUCACUCAUGCACUGGGAUUAACCCUCACUUGACCAGUAGGUAACUUGCGCCCCUCCUCUUUGUUCUGACUCUGACACAGUUGUCCUCCUGUAGGUCCGCACGGGUCCAUAUUACCCCUCUAUUUGAAUUAAGAUAACCUACUUGUAAAGAGCUAAUUAUCCCUUUGUUAUUUCAUUGGUCACGUCUGGUAGCUUGGUAAGAAAAACGCAUGUUAUAUCCUUGGGUAUUUGUAGAGUACGUUUUAUUUUGUGGUUUCAAUGGAACGUUCCUGUUCAUUACUGAUCAAGCUAAGUAGUGGUUUAAUUUAAUUACUGGUCAAGCUCAUUGAAUGGAUCCCUUUGCAAUGAUAUCAAAUAUACUGCAACGCCGCCCCCCCCCCCCCCCCCAUCUUGUAUAGGUCCACAUGUGGGUUUUUACAACUAACAGCUCUAAUUUAUAUCUGUCCAGUUACACAUGCCCAAAAGCACUAAUUUUAAAAUAUUUCCAAACUAAUGAUAAAGUAUUUUAUUUUUUCAGAACCGGAUUCCUGUGAGAGGGGAUCCCCACAUUUUGAUUGUUGGGGACCCCGGCCUCGGCAAAAGUCAAAUGCUCCAAGCCGCCGCAUCAGUCGCUCCGCGCAGUGUUUAUGUCUGUGGUAACACUACCACCACAUCUGGUCUUACGGUAAUAAUCUGUUCAAGGAAAACGGGGCUAAUAUGUCAAUGUUACAUAGGAGGUCUUUAAAAAAAUUAUACCAUAUUCCUGCAACUAUUACUUUACUCUUGAAUAGUACUUCUGAGGCAUUCCACUUAGUACUACAUUCCAAGCCUCGCAUGAAUGUAACCUUUUUAACUACAUCUCAACUGAGAUUGAGGAAAAGCCUCACGGGGUUUGAUUUAACAUUAUUAUUACAAUAAAAUAAUUGCUCAUCUCAUUUUGUAUAGUAGAGAAAAUUGAGUUUAUCCUAAAGUAGAUUAUGGGGGUGCUAUGAAUAUAUUGUGCUUGACUUAAUAUUUCAAAUCCAGAUCUAUUUUCUGGCAAAGUGCUGGUUCUGUCAUUCCAAAUUUAAUCAACUCCCCAGUAAGAUGGUGGGAUUCCACGGGAUGUGUCCAAAGUACAAAGCCAUAAUUAAAUCAUCAGAAUCAGCUGACUUCUUUUAAAUUGGUUAAUUAAUGUUGAAGCAAAUAGAAACAUCCGCUUUUGAUUUUUAUCUUCAGGUAACAUUAUCCAAAGAAGGUGGUUCUGGAGAUUAUGCCCUUGAGGCUGGUGCCCUAGUGCUGGCUGACCAAGGCUGUUGUUGUAUAGAUGAAUUUGAUAAGAUGACAUCUCAACACCAGGCACUGCUUGAGGCCAUGGUAGGACCAUUUUUUGGCAUUGUUGUAGCUGGUUACUUAUGCAUUUUAUUGAUAUUUUUAAGUUUCAGUCUGCAACUUUUGUCAUUUAUCACUGCUAUGUUAGUUAGAAGAUUUGACAUUGCAUCUUUGCCUCCCAAAGAGCUUAUUUGGAAUGAUUUGAAUUCUGGUGUAUGAAAAAACUUGUCCAGAUGGAAAAUGACUUCAAAAUUACUUCCUGAGAACGAAUAGUUUGAUAGCCUUGAUUUUGAUAAAAAGUGGGAAUAGAAAUGAAAGUUGAAUCAAAAUACAAAAUAUCAAACACAUUGAAUUAAGUGUUAUUUAGUUUACAGCUAUGAAAAGAGAUUUGUUCCAAAAAUUUCCCUAAUCCCUGUUCUAAACAUAAAUUCUUAUUUUGAUAUCCAGAAGAAGUAGACAUUGACACUAAUAAGUUUAGCAACAAAAAAAAAUGAAGAGUUAUUUGUCAUAGCUGACAUAUCAACUUUUUGUCCAAAUGAACAUCAGUACUGUGUGCUGAUCAGCAUUUAAAAGUAUAACAAUUUAAGUUUCUAUGGUACUUUUAAACUAAAAGCUAAAAGCAGAAGAUACCAAACAUUUUAAAAAUUUUAAAGUCAUGGCUGGGAUCUUGACAAAUAUAUAUCUAUAUAAAUAUGUAGCCUAUAUAUCUUGUAAUGAAGGAACUUUAUCUUUUGGUGGAUGCCCAAUAAAGAAAACAGUCACUAGACAAAAUAUUUAGAUAUCAAAGUCAGUUUUUCCAAAUUAUUUCUUUUUCGGAUUCCCACUUUCUUUUUAUUUUAAAAACUUCUGUGCCCAAUAUCUCCCCCCCCCCUCUCCCUUUCCAUGUUGUUAAUGCCUGGGAAAAAAAACAUAAAGUCCUUUUUUAAAAAAAAGUUUUUGUGACCCCAAGAGAUAUGCUGGGAUCAACUCUGGGUCAUUUAGCUCACAUGAAGAAAAUGCUGAGUUUGGUUAUUAGCUUAACUAAACAAAAUAAUUUUACUCUUUUUUUUUUGUUGUUGCUCUGAACAGGAGCAACAGAGUAUCAGCAUUGCCAAAGCUGGAAUUGUUUGUAGGUGAGUUAUAUAAUGGGGGAUGCGGGUGGAAAUGUCAGAAAAGUUUUUGAUAUUUAUAUUUUGUUGAACUUAGUAUAGCAUCUUUGCCAGCGGUAAAUCUAUUUUGAUAUCUGUGGUCCAGAAAGACAGCAGUGAGGAGGCAGUUUGUACGUAAUGUAAGAUCCAAAAUUUUAGACUCUUCUUGCAUUGGUUUUGUUAGCAAAACUAAGCAAUAAAAUCUCAUGCGUCCGUUUUGCACUUAUGGUUCACCUUAAUGUAAAAUAAAGUUUUUGAAUAGCUGUUAUUAAGGUUAUUUUGCUUUUGUAAUAUAUUAUUUCUAAUCUAUCCUCAGUUUACCAGCAAGGUGCUCCAUACUUGCUGCUGCUAACCCAGUGGGUGGACACUACAACAAGGCAAAGACUGUCUCAGAAAAUCUCAAGUAACUAUUACUUAAACUCCUUAAAAGCUGGAACAGAUCUUAUUAGUAUUAUUUGGUUUAUGAGGAGAAAUUUUAAAUUUUGGGAGAGUUUGAUCUUCUGACUGAGCAUCUGUUGAAAAUGUAUCAUGAACAGGGACAUCACACACAGACAUUUUUAUAAAUAUAAUAAUAUGGAUUUUAAGCCAGCAUACCUUGUUGCGCCCUCUAUUUAUUGUCUCCAGGGGUUGACCACUGCCUUUUAUUACUAUAAUAAGAUGACAUAUUUUUGGAGUUGUAGCUUAAGUGGGUGAUUUUUUUCAUUUAAUUUAAUUUCUACAUUUUGUAAUUUUCUUGUUGUGCUGCACAUUAUGACUGUUGUCUCAUUUGUGUCUUCUUAAUUAACAAGACACUGGCUAAGAGGGAAGCAAAAAGUGAUUUUAAUUAAAUUUUUAGAUUACAGUUACGGUAAUGUUUUUGUUUUCUUUUGCCAAAAAUUAAAAGUUGCCAUGAGGCUAUUUAAAUUUGAACAGGUUAUGUGGUGUUAAAAUAUAAAUAACAUGAAUUUAGAAUAGAGAUUUUACUUCAAAAUCUAAUUAACGUUUAAAUUAUUAAUCAAAUUUCAGAAUGGGCAGUGCUCUCUUGUCAAGGUUUGACUUGGUCUUCAUAAUGUUGGAUAAACCAGAUGAGGUAUUUUGGCAGUUAAAUUCUUAUGUUAUGCCUUUUCAUAUAAUGGCUAAUUACGGUGAGAUAAAUUUGUAAAAAAAAAUAUUAUUAAAAAAAAUCAACCUGUUAAGAUGUAAUUGAUUUUAAAUAAUUAAAUAUUCAAUGAUUCCAGGAAAUGGACUGCGUUUUAUCAGAGUACGUCAUGUCCCUCCAUGCUGGUACGUCAAGGUAGGACUUUUAAAACGUCAUUAAAAAAAAUUUGGGAACCAGUUAGUAAGGUAUUAGUAGAUUUUAAUCACUGGCUAUCAUCUUGUUAAAAUUUGAAAUACUGAAUUUAACAUUGUGUUUAAAAUAUUUCCAUUUAUUUAAGAGUUUGUGAUGAAAACAAAAAGUUCUUGACAACAAAAAUAUUUGAAAGGCCAACAUUCAGAGUUCAAACAUAAUUUUAAAUUUAAUCUGUUUUUUUUUUUGUCAAAUAUUAAAGCCACCAAAUUUUUAACAGUUUCUUUAUAAGUGUUAGCAAUUUUUCAACUGCUUUAAAAUAAAAUUAAUGUUAUUGUUAAACUUAAAAUUAAUUUUUAAAAUUUAUCUUUUCUCUGACAGAGCCAUUAUGUCAUCUCCGGCGGUCAGAAGCAGUGUAAUGAGUGAGUCUAGACUUCAGUGGGAGCUGGAUAAGCCCCUCAGUGAACGGCUGAAACUGUCCAGAUCUGAAAUAACAGAUCCUAUACCUCACCAGCUCCUUAGGAAGGUGAGACGCAGAAUGCAUGGACUGUAGCGCUGUGCUCUUUUAUUCUUUCAUAUCCUGUGUUAACAAUAGUGGAUGGCACAACCAACAAUCAGUGAAUGGUAGACCAACAAAAAAUUGGAAUAAGUUAGCAUACAAUAAGCACAUCUGUUGUACAUCGUUAGCAUACAAUAAGCACAUCUGUUGUACAUCGUUAGCAUACAAUAAGCACAUCUGUUGUACAUCGUUAGCAUACAAUAAGCACAUCUGUUGUAGAUGCACAAAACCAUCGUUAGCAUACAAUAAGCACAUCUGUUGUAGAUGCACAAAACCAUCGUUAGCAUACAAUAAACACAUCUGUUGUAGAUGCACAAAACCAUCGUUAGCAUACAAUAAGCACAUCUGUUGUAGAUGCACAAAACCAUCGUUAGCAUACAAUAAGCACAUCUGUUGUAGAUGCACAAAACCAUCGUUAGCAUACAAUAAGCACAUCUGUUGUAGAUGCACAAAACCAUCGUUAGCAUACAAUAAGCACAUCUGUUGUAGAUGCACAAAACCAUCGUUAGCAUACAAUAAGCACAUCUGUUGUAGAUGCACAAAACCAUCGUUAGCAUACAAUAAGCACAUCUGUUGUAGAUGCACAAAACCAUCGUUAGCAUACAAUAAGCACAUCUGUUGUAGAUGCACAAAACCAUUUUUGGGGUGGCCAAAACCAAAUUUUUUCUAGACGGUAAUAUUCAGCGUAGUCUUGAUUUAAAAAUUACCCUGUUGUUCCUUAAUUAAUUAGAAAUUUAAUGAACUCUUGUACAUGGAAAGAAACCGGUAUUUAUUGACAAUUUUUUCAGUACAUUGGAUAUGCUAGGAAAUAUGUGCACCCAAAGAUUGGCCCUGAUGCUGCCUUAGUUAUCCAG